UGAACGCCGGCGGCGUGCGCAUGGCCCGUGCCGGGCCGGGCCGCAACGAGAUGCGCGGCGAGGCGGCUCGUCUGGGUCAGCGCGGGGCUCCGCGCUGUGCCAUCGUCCCUCUCUUGUCUUCCCGCGUUAUUUUCGCUCUCACGCACUCAUCCGGCCCCUUAUUUUCCCGAACGCGCAGGUCUCCCAUACCUGCCCGUUUCUACACCUCCGAAAUUAAAGAACCAUUUCACUCCCUUGCGAGACCCAUCGGCAUUUUGGGAAGGAAGGAACUUCCUUGGGAAAACAGCUGGCAUUCGAGCCCGGCCGAGUUUUCUGGAAGACAUUCUGCAGCGCUACGAGCCGGGCAGGGGCGCAGCCCGCUCCCCCCAGCGCUGCACUCCGCGCAGCGGGCGCGCAAGAUGUGCUGGUGUUGGAGGCCGCGUUUUGUGAGCUCGGCUCUCGCUCGUCCGAGGCAGAUACUCAGGGCAGCUCCGCGCCUGCAGGGAGAAAUGCGGGUACGGCAGCUCGACCCCUGCUGCCGAGGGGCCUUUGCUCGCCUUCUCCUUUGGGGUCCCGGACACCCUCCGCCCGCCGCAAGGUGGAGGCUGAGGUUCGGAGCCGGGUCCGUGUGGGUGGCACCGUGCGAACGGAGCUCCGAUGGGGAGUGCGGAGGGAGCUGGAGGUGAACCCCGGCCCGCGGUCCCGGCUCGCCCGGCCCGAACCGCCGGCGGAGGACGGACGCAUCGCAGCGCCGGCCCGAAGCAAGGGGAAAAUAAUGCGAGGGGAAGUAAUAGGAAGGAAAAACACCGAAAGGAAUGAAUAAUAAAAGGGAAAAUAAUAAUAACAAUAAA